ACCUCAAUUCCUGAUUGAUAUUGGGCAACAAAACACACGCCAUGUCUCCAACAGAUUCAGUGCCACUGAGCCCCGAAGAAAUCGACGACGUGCUCUAUUUCACUCGCGCAAACGAGCCCCACGAUCUACAGCAGACACUUUCCGAGCUUGCAGCAAAACACAACACUUCAAUAAAGGACGUUCUCGAGGGAUCGAUAGAUUCGCAAACCGGCAACACAGUUUUCCACUUCUGCUCCGCGAAUGGACUGAUCGAUUUGUUACCGUCGUUACUAUCACCGUCGAACGAGUCCCGAGUAUCUGCACAGACCAUCAACCUUGGCAAUCGAGAGGGCAACACAGCCCUACAUUGGGCCGCAUACAAUGGCCAUCUCCAAGUAGUGAAGUUGCUUAUAGCGGCGGGCGCGGAUAUGUGGAUCAAGAAUGCGGCGGGACAUCUGGCCAUGUUCGAGGCGGAACGAGCGGACAAGAGCGAUGUCGUCCAAUACCUGCUCGAGGCUGGUGGAGAGAAAGUGGAGGAGGAAGGAUCAGAAGCCCAGCCUUCUGCGGAAGAGGUUGCUGAUGUUCAGAACGGGGAAUCAUCCAGUAGCAGUGCACCAGCUCAAUAGAAGGACGGCGGUGGCAGAAGGAAUACGAAGAGCAAUGUCAGAAGUGACAUCCGGGCGAGCUCGUUUGACAUGUUGCGCUCCUUUGCCGUAUAGGACCAUGUGGGGGUCAAGUCUGCUUGGAUAUAUUCAAGUCAGGCUGCUCAUCAAUCAAAGGGAGGCUAAGACAUGAAUGAUUGGGUGUCAUGCAUGACCCGACGCAGAACGAAUGCGUAUGUUGAGAAACACGACCUCGACGAUCCCGGACAAUACCAUACUGCCUCAUCCGGACAGGAAACUUUGAUCAUGCCAGGUGAAUAUACCCGCGCGCAUUUUCAAGUGGAAUUUGCGAAAAGUCUGGGUUGGCGGUUCCCGGAUGCUGCUUUGCCCAGAUCAUCUCAUGUGUCGGAUCAUUGUUUGCCUCACAUAGAAAUGAAGUCAACGAAGUAACGAUCGAUAAACCAUCGCCACGAACGCGA